UAGAUCAUGUUAACUAGAUCGUUAACUAGAUCAUGUUAACUGGAUAACAGAAUCAACAAAACUGCUUCAACGUUUUUUCAAUAAAGUAGAUCUUCAGCGUUAUUCUAAAUAUUUAGUUAUUAUCAGUGAAUCACAUGUUUAUGAUGACGGCUGUCAGACGGCAGAACCUGGAUCAUCAGGGUGAUUUCACUCUGAUCUGCUGUUCACCACAGUUCACUGAUUAGCUACAUGAUGGUGUGUGUGUGUGUGUGUGUGUGUGUGUGUGUGUGUGUGUGUUGGUGGGGUGGAGGGUUAAUGGUAUGCCUCCAGGAAAUGAAUGCAAGUCAAUGUAAUCCCCUCUAACGUGAUGAAAAUGAGACUGUGUGUGUGUGUUAUACACUCUAUAUACAUGAUAGCUUGACUUGUUUGUUUGCUGAACUUUCUCAGCAGCCAAUCAAAGCGGAGCAGUCACAUGACCAGAGUUAUUUGAAGUGUGAGGCGGGACUCGGUUUGACUUUUGGUAUAAAAACAGGAUGACGUUUAAGCGUUCACACAUCUGUCCUGAUGUUUCUUCUUCUGCUGUCUCAGGGAGGUUUUACUGUCUUCAGCACUACGACUCUCGUCUGAGGAACAAACCGACUUCACACCGAGCGUCCAUCGCGUCUCUGGGUUCAGAGUCUCUGAUCUCUGCCAGCGGUCGUCGCUCCUCAGCAGUGGUUUCUGUGAUGGUGGCGACAAUGCCGGAGAGGAUCGAGCUGGAAAACUACCGCCGGAGCUCAACGAAGAUGGAAACGGAGGAGCUGCUGGAGGAGCCUGAGGAGCCCGAGGAGGUCUCUGAGGAGACCCUGAACCGGUUCAACCUCGGCAUGGACGAGAAAGACCACCACAGAUCCAGUUCAGAGUCAGAGAUGGAGGAAGAGGAGGAAGGCCGGGGUCAUCGUCAUCGUGUGACUUCAGAAGAGGCCAAAGCUUCAUGGAGGGAAACUCUGCAGCAGCACCUCCACCUGAGGGAGGAGGAGGAGGAGUAUGAAGAGGAGGAUGAAGAAGAGGAGGUGGAGUCCAGUGACGGUGAGUCUCAGGGCGUUUUUCUGUUUCCUGUCAUGAAUCUCUGCAUGUUGUGUUGUUGUUCUGUGAUGUUGUGUUUCCUACUGCUGGUAGAGUUGUGUUGUGAUGUUUUGUUGUUGUGAUGUUGUUGUGUUGUAUUGUGAUGUUGUUGUUGUGAUGUUUUGUUGUU